UAACACGGUCGUGACAAGAGCACAACCUCACAAGUCACAACCAGAUUAUGUUUUGUCUUCUUCUAUAUGCACAUUUUUAAUCUAUUCUUGGUUUCUCUCUACCUCGGUGUAUUAAUUAAAAACCGGUUAUCUACAGCGUGUACUUCACUCGAACCAAACCGAGUUCUCUCGGUCCGCGAAAUUGCAAGACUACAAGGAUUUCCUGGUUGCUAUAGGCUACAUGGCCCUGUUAAACAAAAGCACAUUCAGGUUGGGAAUGCGGUUGCUGUUCCAAUCGGGGUUGCCUUAGGAUAUGCGUAUGGAAUUGAGAGUCAAACGCUGUGUGAUGAUAAGCCUGUCAUAGACUACCCUUUCAUUUAUCCUGAAUGACUCAAAAGAAAGAAAGAUUCUGAUAGGUUGAGGAUGCCAGUUCUAUUCAUGAGGAAGAAAUGAGGACAAAAGGAAGAAGAGCCAGAAUCUGGGAGAAGAAGAAGGAAGAAAAAAGUGGCUAAAGUGUCGAUUUGGGGAAGAAGGAACAAGUCUCUGCUUGAGAAAGAGAGUCCUAGCUCUCCGCUAAGUUUUUUUAUUUUAUCAAACUCUCUCC